AUGUGUACUGGCGCCUACUCUCUUCAGUCUUAUGUUCUCGCCAUGCUGAUGGACGCCUACCGUGAUGAACGCCCCGGGAUCCGCAUCGCAUACAGGACGAAUGGUUACCUUCUGAAUCAACGGCGGAUGCACUUCCAAUCGCGCGUAUCCACAACCACCGUUCACGAACUUCUCUUUGCCGACGACAGCGCCCUGAGCACCACCUCGGAAGAGGAGAUGCAACGGAGCAUGGGCCUGUUCUCCGCCGCCUGCAAGAACUUUGGGCUGGUCAUCAACACGCAGAAGACGAUAGUUAUACAUCAACCGCCACCCAACACAGCCACUUCUCCCAACGCGCCGCAAAUCAGCGUGAACGGAGCCCAACUGCAAGUGGUGGAGAACUUCCCGUACCUGGGCAGUACCCUCUCCCGCAACACAAAAAUCGAUGACGAAGUCGCAAACAGGAUCUCGAAAGCCAGUCAAGCCUUUGGUCGCCUCCAAAGCACAGUUUUGAAUCGCCACGGUCUUCAACUGAGCACGAACCUGAAGAUGUACAAGGCUGUCAUCCUGCCGACGCUACUUAACGGAGCGGAGACAUAG